AUGGAUGGCCACCCACCAUUUCUUCCCGAAGAAAUCAUGAGGAACAUUCUCAAACGGCUGCCGGUGAAAUCCUUAAUCCGAUUUCGGUGUGUGCGCAAAGAUUGGAAAUAUCUCUUGAAAACCCCGUCUUUUAUCAACGACCAUCUCCGCCACUCCCGCCAUCAAAACCCUUCUCUUCUUUUCCAUUGGAAUGGCAGAGUUGAUCCCUGGGAAUUAUAUUUGCUUGAUUUUCAUAUGAAACUCCGUCAACUGCCAAACACCUUCGCUAUUGGAGAGACAAGACGUGUGUCUGAAACUAUUAUUCACUUUCGGAGCGUUUAUCGGGUAGGAUUGGGAUUCAGUCCCAUUCUUAAUGAUUAUAAGAUAGUGUUAGUUCAUAUGUUUGAGGAUGAGGAUGAGGCUUGUGGUUAUCGAGUGAUAAAAGUGGAAGUGCAUUCAUUUUGCGCUGGCUUGUGGAGGGAAGUAGGAUUUGGGGACUUUUCGGGUUUUAUGAUUAGUGCGGACACUGCUACUGCCAAUGGAAAUAUGUUUUGGUUUGGGACGGAGAUGGUUUCUUCUUGGAAUUUUCAUGUUAUGUGGAAAGCCUUGUAUCAAUUGACAACAUCCACAUUGAAGAGCAUUGAUCCUAAGUCUGAACUGUUUACAUUGCAGAUUUAG